CGACGCGACGGGCGGCCAUGUCGUGGUUCCGCAAGAAGAAGACGGAGCCGCGGACAAGCGCCUCCACACACAGCGGGGGAACACAGACUUUGCCAUCGACCCCUCGCUCUUUGCUGACCCGGUCUUUGACGCCGAGGGCAACGUCAUCGGUGGUGGGAGCGGAGCUGCUGGUGUUGCACAUGGACAUGCGGGUGGUAGCAUGGGCAUGGGCAUGGGCAUGGGCUUGGACGCUGGUGCUGGCCUCGGUGGUAUGGACCUCACCGAACUCAUGGGCGGCGACCCGUCACUCGCACGCUCCAUGCAAGUCACCGAUGCCGACCUCAACGAUCAGAGCCUGCUGGCUGAGCUUGCCGCUCUGGAAGCUGUCGCAGAGCGUGCUGAGCCACAAGCUUCGGUAUCGCGAUCGGUGCCCGAGAUGGAGGCACGCAUCCAGCAGCUCUCCCAGGAGACCACCGCCCUCAAGGCUGCCGGCGACUACGUGGGCGCGCGGGCAGCAUUCGCCGAGGUCAAGACACUUAAGGCUGCCAUCGCAGACGUCGAGGGUCGCACGUCGAUUGCACUGGUCGACCCUACAGGUGGGAGCGCGCCCGCGACCCCAGCCCCACCUGCACAAUCAAGUCCGUCGAUCUCCUCUGAUGACGACGAUGACGCUGUCCAGGUCCAGGUCACCGACGCAGACCUCAACAAUCCGGACCUCCUCGGCGAGCUGGCCGAGCUCUGCGGCCAUGACAUUGCCCCGCAUUCACCCGCCAGGUCCCCAAGUCCGCCGCCCGCAUCCAAGAGUGACGACGAGGUCGAGGUCGAGGUCACCGACGCAGACCUCAACGACCCGGAACUGCUGGGGGAACUCGAGGGACUUGGCUCAGGCUCAGGCGCACAUGUCGUGGCUCGUCCUACACCGAGCGACGCAGAGCGCGAUGCAAGCCUCGCGCAGCUUGAGGCCGCCAAGCGCGAGUGUCUUUCGGCCUGCAAGGCGGCGCGCGAGGCCGGCGACGCCGCCGCCGAAAAGGCCGCCACCGACCGCUACCGUCAGAUCACGGCCCAGAUUCGCAAGGUCAAGGCUGGCGGCCACGUCUCGCUACUCCCGACCGCUGCAGCUUCGCCUGCUUCUCCAACCCCUGCCACGCGCCUCGCCCAGCUCGAAGCCGCCAAGCGCGAGUGCCUUUCGGCCUGCAAGGCGGCGCGCGAGGCCGGCGACGCCGCCGCCGAAAAGGCUGCCACCGACCGCUACCGUCAGAUCACGGCCCAGAUUCGCAAGGUCAAGGCUGGCGGCCACGUCUCGCUACUCCCGACCGCUGCAGCUUCGCCUGCUUCUCCAACCCCUGCCACGCGCCUCGCCCAGCUCGAAGCCGCCAAGCGCGAGUGCCUUUCGGCCUGCAAGGCGGCGCGCGAGGCCGGCGACGCCGCCGCCGAAAAGGCCGCCACCGACCGCUACCGUCAGAUCACGGCCCAGAUUCGCAAGGUCAAGGCUGGCGAACCGGAGACACCACCAGAGCCAGACUCGUCCGACGAUGAGCCUGAGGUUCAUGUUUCAGAUACCGACCUCAACAACCCUGCCCUGCUCGGUGAGUUGGCUGCACUCCACGGUGAGUCGUCCGAUGCCGAGUCCGAGAGCGACGCGAACGUCCAGUCUGCUGCACCGAGCCUUCCCCAACUCGAGGCUGCCAAGCGCGAAUGCGUCGCGGCAUGCAAGGCUGCGCGUGAGGCCGGCGAUGCGGCCGCCGAGCAGGCUGCCACCUCGCGCUUCCGCGAGCUGUCGGCCCAGAUCCGUGCGCUCAAGGCAAGUGGCGCUGCAUCCUCGGAUCCUGUGCCUGCUCCUAGCCUUGCCCAACUUGAGGCUGCCAAGCGCGAAUGCGUCGCGGCAUGCAAGGCUGCGCGUGAGGCCGGCGAUGCGGCCGCCGAGCAGGCUGCCACCUCGCGCUUCCGCGAGCUUUCGGCCCAGAUCCGUGCGCUCAAGGCAAGUGGCGCUGCAUCCUCGGAUCCUGUGCCUGCUCCUAGCCUUGCCCAACUUGAGGCUGCCAAGCGCGAAUGCGUCGCGGCAUGCAAGGCUGCGCGUGAGGCCGGCGAUGCGGCCGCCGAGCAGGCUGCCACCUCGCGCUUCCGCGAGCUUUCGGCCCAGAUCCGUGCGCUCAAGGCAAAUGUCACAGAAGAUUCUUCGCCGGCACCGAGUCCAGUGGCUGAAAGCGUGACGCCGGCGCACAUUGACGCGCUGGCGCGAGCGUACAAGAAGCAGGCAAUCGCCGUGAAGAGUCAGGACAUGGAGCUUGCCAAGCUCUUGCUCCAUGUCUCCAAGGUGCUUCCGUGGUGGCUCACUGCAGAAGCCAAGGCGGCCGGCACUCCUGUUCCGCCAGCACCGACAUCGCUGGCGCUUGAUGGCUCGUUCCAGGCGCAGACCAAGACGGCAGAGACACAGAUUCGAGCGCUGGAGACACUGCGGGCCAAGCUCGAGGCUCAGCGCGAGGCGACUGAGUCGCUCUUUGAGAUGGCGCAGGCGACCGGUGACAAGAGCGGUGGUGCCAAGUUCCGAGCGAUGUACAACGAUGUCACACUCGAGCUUGGUCUAGUGGAGCGCGCCAUGGCGGUUGGCCUCCCGCUGCUCCCGACUGAUCUCGAGCACGCCGAACUGCUGUACUCGUUCGCUUGUCCACUCCUUGACGAGAACGUGUGCGAGGUGUACAUUUCCGGUGUGCGCGAGCUAGACAAGCUUUCACGAUCGAUGAGCGACUACUCGCCGCACCUUGAAAUUCGGUUCCCGUAUCCAUCGGACGAACCGCAGGUCAAGACAACGUCGACGCUCUCGGAUCUUGGCGAGGGCCUGGUGUGGUCGCAUCGCUUCGAUCUGCCGCGCAAGCGGUCAACGCUGCGGCUGGCACAGCGCAAGCGCAUCGCCAUUGUGGUCGUGCACUCACGCUUCCUGCGGAGCGACGUCGAGCUUGGCAGAGCCGAGAUUCCUUUGGAAGCCAUCCUCUCCAAGUCGCAGUCGACGCUCACUGUCCCAUUCUCGCCGCCCAACUCGAAGAAGCGGACCAAGGCUCAUGUCGAGGUCUCGCUCUCGGUCCGUUAUCCGUUUUCAGAGACCAAAACCGCCGAUCGGCGUAAGUACGCCGUCGACUGGAUCUCGCUGUAUGGCCGCACCUCUCCGCUAGGGGGCGGCGGCCAAGCUGCGUCGGCGUCCUCAUCUCCGGCGGCCAAGCCGGCAGCGCCAAAGUCACCGGCGCCAGCCUCGCGCCCGCCGCCGACGUCGUCUGCAGCAUCGGACCUGCCGGACAGUGCCAUCAUGGACGAGCACAACUGUGCUGCGAACAUGGUUUCGGCCGAGGUUCUCUCCUGGUACAUCGAGGAGCUCGGCAAGGAAGUGGCAAGCGCGAGAGCCCGGCGGCUGCCGCAUGCAGACGCACUGAGCACCGAACUCGAGGGCGCGCAGUUUCAGCUGCAGAUCCUGGGCGUCCAGGUGAGUACCGGCCAGCUGACGCCGGCCGACUAUGUUGCCAAGCUCCGCACCAAGAUCAGCAGCGAGAUCACGCUGGCCAAGCAACUCCGCGCCGCCGGCAAUAAGCGUUCGGCGCUUCUGACCAUGAAGCGCAUCAAACUGAUGAAGGCUGAUGUCGCCCAGGCUCAACAGGCGCUGUAAACACCUUCGACGGUUACGAGAUGUCGCACUGCGCCAGUUUGUACAUCCCGUGGAUAUAAAGUGGGACGCCGA